UCCACUCUUAGUACUAUAUAUGUUUAACACCUUUCUUAAUGCCUUCAAAAAGAUUAGAACAUUUCUGUUGCUUCAUUGACAAGUGAACCUCCCUUUCCAUUUCCACUCUCUCCACUAAACCAAAACUCUCUCUUUCUCUCUCUCUUUCUAGAGCAAUAUUUUUUCUACUUCUGUUUUGAUCAUUCAUACAAAGAAGGGGUGGGGCAAAAUGGGAGUAAAGUUUGUUCUUUUCAAGAUUCUUGUGCUCAUCAUCAUAGUGAUAAUGGCUAUGGGAAAUGAGGGUAUUUUGGUAACUGCAACAACUGUUGGGACAUGGGCAGGUUCAAAGUAUGAGAUUGCAUGUACAAUGUGUGCAGCUUGUGACAACCCCUGUGCCACCCCAUCUCCGCCACCUCCUCCGCCGCCAUCAUCCUCUAACAAUUGUCCUCCGCCACCCUCUCCUCCUAGCUCCGGUGGUGGAAAUUACUAUUAUUCACCACCACCACCACCCUCCUCCUCCUCUAGUGGUGGUGGCGGCGGCAAUUCCUUUUACUCACCACCUCCACCUGGUGGUGUAAUUGGUGGUUACUACCCUCCACCCUACCAAAAUUACCCUUCUGGCCCUGUUCCUCCACCUCCUAAUCCUAUUGUUCCCUAUUUCCCCUUCUACUUCUAUAAUCCUCCACCACCUUCACAAUCUGCUGCUUUUAAGCUCACUCAUUAUUAUUCUUCUUUUAUCACCACUAUGUUCAUUCUCUUCUACAUUUUCCUUUGAGAAUUUUCCAAGGAAAAAUGUAAAAAUAAAGUGUCGGAAUCGCAGAUCUACAAACUUGCAGAGGUGAGAGCAAGAUGGAUUAAUCCUUUUCCUGAAGAUUAUUCAAUUCUCUUCAGAGAAAGAAAGGAGAAAAAUGGAAGGGUGAAUUGAAUAGCUGAAGUGAAGUUCUCUUCUUGCUCUCAUCCUGUGGAGAAUCUGUAAAUUCUUGACCAUUGCUUCGCAAUUUUUAGCUUCUUUUUUUGUUAACUUAAUUCAUAUUAAUGUUUCUAAUUCGUAUAGAAUGUAAGAAAAUUACUUUAGUCAAUUUUGCAAGAAUUACAAAGUCAACUUCUAACUAAUAGUCUAAUUGCUGUUGUGCUUCUA